CCGGCGUAGCUUGGUUGCGGUCACACCGGGUUACAUAGGGCGGAGUACGGCGUGUCCUUGGGCCCAGACGCCGGGCGGACGGAAGUGACCGGGGCUGCGGUUCCCGCCGUGGGCGUAGGUACUGAAAAUGGGAGAUAUUGAGAAGGGCAAGAAGAUCUUUGUCCAGAAAUGUUCCCAGUGCCAUACAGUUGAAAAGGGGGGCAAGCACAAGACUGGACCCAACCUGAAUGGCCUGUUUGGACGCAAGACUGGGCAGGCUGAGGGCUUCUCUUACACGGAUGCUAAUAAGAAUAAAGGUAUUACCUGGGGUGAGGAUACUCUGAUGGAGUAUUUGGAAAAUCCAAAGAAGUAUAUCCCAGGAACAAAGAUGAUUUUUGCGGGUAUUAAGAAGAAGACCGAGAGAGCAGACUUAAUAGCAUACCUCAAAGAUGCCACUGCAAAGUAAAAAUUAUCUGCUGCCUUAUUUAUUACACAAAGGAGAUGGCAAUGGAAAUGUCUGUGAUAAGAUUGGUUUUUAAACUUUCUAUUUUUACAUAUACUGUGUCUAACCUUAAAAAUCUGUCUCGCCCAUCAGGUAACACUGCUCAUGGUGGGCCGCUGGAGUACACAUGUGUUUGGCAGCCAUUAACUUAAUGCAAACUAUGUAAUUGGGUUGAUUUAAAUGACUAUAAUGUUCAAUUAUUCUUGGUCGUAGAAUUAAAAAAAAAGGAAUAAAUAAACAUUUAUUGCCUCUUCAUUGUUUAAAAAUAAUCUAUUAAUAAUUAAUUAAUAAUCAAAUUAGUAAUUGUCAAUAGCAUAAUGGCUUUGACAGCCCAACUCUUCAAGAUGAAAAAGCAGGGUGGUUUCUGGCAUCUUCCACCAUACAUAUUUUGUUUCAGUAUUUUGAGUGUGUGUAUAUAUAUAUAUAUACAUAAAGAAAACAAACCACACAAAACAAAGGCUACAAAAACCCAGGAUAAUAUUUUUCUAAAUUAGGUGUUGUGGUAUAUGUUAAUCUGUCAAAAGCUUGCGAUAAAGAUGCAUUUCAUCUGACUUAAGUACUAUUUGUGAAGUUGUAGUUGUGCCCAGCCAUUUUUCUUUUGUCUAGGGGAAGCAUGUUACCUAAUUCCUCCAGACUUUUGACAGCUGCAUGCACCAGUAGUUUAUAACUCCCUUUCAGAAACAUCUCCAGUUCUUGAAAUGUUAUUGAAACUCUUAUUGCUCAGUAAGUCUUUUGAAAAGAGCCAUUCUUGGUGUAAUGAAUAGAACAGAAAAAUAUCCUGUUCUGGAAAUACAAAAGCUAAAGGCCAAGCAGAGAGUUAUUUAAUCUUAAUAAUUCAGGACAAGUAUUCACCUAAAAUCUACUGUUACAGACAAUUUCAGAUGAAGGGGUACAGGAAUAAGUAUGCUGGUAGACUACAAGAAGACAGUCUUCCUCUGUGCCUGGCUGUAGCCAAUGUCAUGACUUCAAAAGGUUCUAUUUCGCACAGUGUAAAGCAUUAUUUUUAAUGUUUUAACGGCAUUUUUUUCAUAUUAAGUGAAAUGUUCAGAUGAAUGUAUUUACUUUGUAACAGCAGUAAGGCAUAACUCAGAGCAAUCAAUACUGUAAAUUAAAAAAAAAAUAAUUAAAAGUCUUGUUUGCUGUA